AUGGCAACUGUCAAACUGAUGGAAGAUCUGCAAACCGAAAACCAGGAUAAUACCACGGACGGUAUCAGCAGUGGUGAUGACGUCCCUCCAACACAACUCGCAAAAGAACAAAAAAUGAAGUCACCAACUGCAACUCGUGCCACUAGGUUUGGCGAGCCGACUUCUGACUCCGACUCGAUCAAGGCGGGUGAUAUUCGAGACGAUAGGAAUACACCUCGUCAAGUAGACGUCAUCAAUGUUCCAAAGCCGAAGCGCCGAAAUCUGUCGCGGACCACGCCAACCCAGCUACGCCAAACAAAGAUUUCCCCAGGUGCAUCGCGGCUAGCUGUACACAAGUAUCCCAGUGGGCUAACAGUGAAGCUGCAUGAAUUUGUGACGUGGGCCCGCAAUACACAAAACAUGAAGAACAUCUUGGCUAUGAUGAAGAAAUACCCAGUGCAACUGACGGAUGCCUAUCUAAGAUCGCGUGUGAUUGAGUGCCAGUGGGAAGUGAUGAGGUCUGAGGACAACAUGCACCCUUUUGUAAUUCCCGUGGAUCUUACACGGUCAAUGGAGGCUGCAAUAUCUACUACACGGAAGGAGCAGCGCGAACCCGACAAACUAGACUCAAAUGUAUCGCUGCAAGGUAUUGUUUUGGACAUUGUUGCAACAAUCGACCCAAAGCUCUGA